GCCCAGGGGUGGAGGAGGCCAGACUUGAAGGGGGUGUCUCCUUCAAGAGAAAGUAGGCAGGUGUGGAGGUGAUAGGAGGAGAGGCCUGAGAGGAGCUAGUUUGGGGAGAUCUCAAGUAUCCCAAAGAAGCCACCGAUGUUCCAAAUUAUCCUUGGUAAAGUCACAUCAACAAGGAAGGAAGCAGACAGAGGCGCGCUUCUUCCUCGCAGUUUUGUUUUGACAUGCUGAUUAAAGUAGAGCAGAGGGCGUGAUCAGCAGGGCGCCAGUAAGAAGCUCCCACAGGAGGAGCGGGAACACACAACAGAGCGGGCAAGACAGCUCCACCAGGAGUCAGGAGUGAAUCCCCUCUGGGAACGAGGCGCCAGGAAGAAGAACUUCCAGCCCAGGAGAAAUAACAUCUGCUUUGCUGCCGAGCUCAGAGAAGGAGAUCCCAGACCCUUCCCGCAGCCAGAGGGCUGGAGCCUGCUCAGAGGUGCUUUGAAGAUGCUGGAGGCCCCACCUCUGCUGUUGGCAGCUGUGUUGCUGGGCCUGGUGCUGCUGGUGGUGCUGCUGCUGCUCCUGAGGCACUGGGGCUGGGGCCUGUGCCUUAUCGGCUGGAACGAGUUCGUCCUGCAGCCCAUCUACAACCUGCUCAUGGGUGACACCAAGGAGCAGCGCAUCCUGCACCACGUGCUGCAGCAUGCGGAGCCCGGGAACGCACAGAACGUGCUGGAGACCAUCGACAUCUACUGCGAGCAGAAGGAGUGGGCCAUGAACGUGGGCGACAAGAAAGGCAAGAUCGUGGACGCCGUGAUUCAGGAGCACCAGCCCUCUGUGCUGCUGGAGCUGGGGGCCUACUGUGGCUACUCAGCUGUGCGCAUGGCCCGCCUGCUGUCACCAGGGGCGAGGCUGCUCACCAUCGAGAUCAACCCCGACUACGCCGCCAUCACCCAGCAGAUGGUGGAUUUCGCUGGCGUGCAGGACAAGGUCACCGUUGUGGUUGGGGCAUCCCAAGACAUCAUCCCCCAGCUGAAGAAGAAGUAUGAUGUGGACACGCUGGACAUGGUCUUCCUCGACCACUGGAAGGACCGGUACCUGCCGGACACGCUUCUCCUGGAGGAAUGUGGCCUGCUGCGGAAGGGGACAGUGCUACUGGCUGACAAUGUGAUCUGCCCAGGUGCGCCAGACUUCCUAGCACACGUGCGUGGGAGCAGCCGCUUUGAGUGCACACACUACCAAUCAUUCCUGGAAUACAGGAAGGUGUUGGACGGCCUGGAGAAGGCCAUCUACAAGGGCCCAGGCAGCGAAGCAGGGCCCUGACUGACCCCCCCGGCCCCCCUCUCGGGCUCUCUCACCCAGCCUGGUACUGAAGGUGCCACAGACGUGCUCCUGCUGACCUUCUGCAGCUCCGAGCUGUGUCCUAAAUGCAAAGCACACCUCGGCCGAGGCCUGCGCCCUGACAUGCUGACCUCUCUGAACUGCAACACUGGAUUGUUCUCCUUUUUUAAGACUCAAUCAUGACUUCUUUACUAACACUGGCUAGCUAUAUUAUCUUAUCUACUAAUACCGUGUUUUAAAAAUAUAAAAUAGAAAUUAAGAAUCUAAA